AAGGUCGAAAGAGAAGUGAGCCAGAUUAAGUUCCAGAGGGCGAAAGAUGUAUCAUCCUUCUAGAGGCGGUGUGCGAGGCGGUCGAGAUCAAUUCAAAUGGGAUGAUGUCAAAGUUGAUAAGCACCGUGAGAAUUACCUUGGUCACAGCAUCAUGGCUCCUGUGGGUAGAUGGCAGAAAGGAAAGGAUUUGCAUUGGUAUGCUAGAGAUAAGAAUUCUGCUGCCCUCAAUUCAGACUCGGUCAAGGAGGAGAUUCGAAGGAUCAAGGAGGAGGAAGAGCAACUUAUGCGGGAGGCUUUGGGCUUAGCUCCGAAGCGCAACACCCGUUCCCAGGGAAAUCGAAUUGAUAAGCAUGAGUAUGCUGAACUUAUCAAGAGAGGAUCUGCAGCUGAAGAUUUGAGCGGAGGCCAUGCUGAAGCUGCUCAAGUCCAAGGCCUUGGCUUAUACAAGGUACUGAAAAAUAGCGAAGAAGCCCGUAGUUCCCUGCAAGAAAGAUUUGGGGACAUGUCAUCUGAAAGAGAUGAUGAUUCCAUGCCCAAACCAAUGACAGGGAGAAUUGAACAGGAUUCCGAGGGCGAUGAAAGAAGUAAAAAGAGAAGGCGGCGUGAAGCGAGGAGGGAGGAGAAAGAGAAGAGACGGGAGAAGCGUGAUAAUAAAAGGUCUCGUUAUAAUGAUGGUGACAAACGCAGACACUGAAGGGAAGAGAAGUGCUAGCAUAUGUUUGAAUCUAAUUGAAGAAGGUAUCAUACAAUAUUUUCUUUUUUUUGUUUGCAUGGCUGACAAUCUAGAGCUUGAUAAUCUAAAUCUCUGAUUUCAAUAGCUGCAACUAGUUGUUGCCAUGGAGCACUAGAAGCUACUGUUCAUUGCAGUAUCUUAUUGCUGUAGUUUGUUGUUGAACAUUGUUGGGCUUCCCUAGAUUGUCUGAAUUAUGUGAUAGACUGUCAACAGAUGGUAGAGUUGCGUUACAAUUUUGCCAAAUGUAAUUUGUUUGAUUUAGUGGUUUUUAUUCCAUCAUGCAAUGCUAUUUAAAACUGUCAG